GAAGAAGAAGAAGGGGAGCCGCCGCCAACGCCGCCUCCUCCUCCUCAGGCCCGGCCGGUCCGGCGCCUGAGAAGAGCCAGGCCUGCCCCGCUCCCCCCCGCCGUCGCCUCAGAGCGGCCCCGCCGAGCUCCAUGAAUGGAAACCAGCAGCCCAGGACCCGUUGGGGCUCAGCCCCUGCUCAUGGUGCCCAGACGACCUGGCUAUGGCACCAUGGGCAAACCUAUUAAACUGCUGGCCAAUUGCUUCCAAGUUGAAAUCCCAAAGAUUGACGUCUACCUCUAUGAGGUAGAUAUUAAGCCAGAUAAGUGUCCUCGGAGAGUGAACAGGGAAGUGGUAGAUUCAAUGGUGCAGCAUUUUAAAGUGACAAUAUUUGGGGACCGUAGACCAGUUUAUGAUGGUAAAAGAAGCCUUUAUACAGCCAACCCACUCCCUGUGGCAACAACUGGGGUUGAUUUGGAUGUAACAUUGCCGGGUGAAGGAGGCAAAGAUCGUCCCUUCAAGGUGUCAAUAAAGUUUGUUUCCCGGGUGAGCUGGCACUUGCUGCAUGAGGUGCUUACAGGACGGACUUUACCUGAGCCUCUGGAAUUAGACAAGCCAAUCAGCACUAACCCUGUACAUGCCGUCGAUGUGGUGCUACGACAUUUACCCUCCAUGAAGUAUACCCCUGUAGGCCGCUCCUUUUUCUCUGCUCCAGAAGGCUAUGAUCAUCCCCUGGGAGGCGGCAGGGAAGUCUGGUUUGGAUUUCAUCAAUCUGUUAGACCUGCAAUGUGGAAAAUGAUGCUAAAUAUUGAUGUUUCUGCCACUGCCUUCUACAAAGCACAACCUGUAAUUCAGUUCAUGUGUGAAGUUCUUGAUAUUCACAACAUUGAUGAGCAGCCACGGCCUCUAACUGAUUCUCACCGGGUAAAAUUCACCAAAGAGAUAAAAGGUCUGAAGGUUGAAGUGACUCACUGUGGAACAAUGAGACGGAAGUACCGUGUCUGUAAUGUGACGAGGAGACCAGCUAGUCAUCAAACUUUCCCAUUGCAGUUAGAAAAUGGCCAGACUGUGGAGAGAACCGUAGCCCAGUACUUCAGAGAGAAGUACAGCCUGCAACUGAAAUACCCUCACCUUCCUUGCCUACAAGUGGGCCAGGAGCAGAAACACACCUACCUGCCUCUUGAAGUUUGUAAUAUCGUGGCAGGCCAGCGAUGCAUCAAGAAGUUAACAGACAAUCAGACAUCAACUAUGAUCAAAGCAACUGCGAGAUCAGCUCCGGAUCGACAGGAAGAAAUCAGCAGGCUGGUGAGAAGUGCAAAUUACGAUGCAGACCCAUUUGUUCAGGAAUUUCAGUUUAAAGUCCGUGAUGAAAUGGCUCACGUGACCGGCCGUGUGCUCCCAGCUCCCAUGCUACAGUACGGAGGGCGGAAUCGGACAGUGGCGACACCCAGCCAUGGUGUGUGGGAUAUGCGAGGGAAGCAGUUCCAUACCGGUGUGGAAAUCAAGAUGUGGGCCAUUGCCUGCUUUGCUACGCAGAGACAAUGCCGUGAAGAAAUAUUAAAGGGUUUUACAGACCAGCUGCGCAAAAUCUCCAAGGACGCGGGGAUGCCGAUCCAGGGCCAGCCGUGCUUCUGCAAAUAUGCACAAGGUGCGGACAGCGUGGAGCCCAUGUUCCGGCAUCUCAAGAACACCUAUUCUGGGCUCCAGCUCAUCAUUGUUAUUCUACCAGGGAAGACGCCGGUGUAUGCGGAAGUGAAGCGUGUGGGGGACACCCUUUUGGGGAUGGCCACGCAGUGUGUUCAAGUCAAGAAUGUCAUAAAAACAUCUCCACAAACCCUCUCAAACCUGUGCCUAAAGAUAAAUGUAAAACUGGGAGGAAUCAACAAUAUCCUUGUACCUCAUCAACGACCGUCUGUGUUCCAACAACCAGUGAUAUUCUUGGGAGCAGAUGUUACCCAUCCGCCCGCUGGGGAUGGAAAGAAGCCCUCCAUUGCUGCUGUUGUAGGUAGCAUGGAUGCCCAUCCAAGCAGGUACUGUGCCACAGUGAGAGUUCAAAAACCCCGCCAAGAGAUCAUCCAAGAUUUGGCCUCCAUGGUUAGAGAGCUUCUUAUUCAGUUCUACAAGUCAACACGUUUCAAACCCACACGAAUCAUCUUCUACCGAGACGGAGUAUCAGAAGGACAGUUUCGACAGGUGUUGUAUUAUGAGCUGCUAGCAAUCAGAGAGGCCUGUAUCAGUCUGGAGAAGGACUACCAGCCGGGCAUCACAUAUAUUGUGGUUCAGAAGAGGCAUCAUACGAGGCUUUUCUGUGCUGACAGGACAGAAAGGGUUGGAAGAAGUGGGAACAUCCCAGCUGGAACAACAGUAGAUACAGAUAUAACACAUCCUUACGAAUUUGAUUUUUAUCUCUGUAGCCAUGCAGGAAUACAGGGUACCAGCCGUCCCUCCCAUUAUCACGUCUUGUGGGAUGAUAACUGUUUUACUGCGGAUGAACUUCAGCUGCUAACUUACCAGCUCUGCCACACCUAUGUACGCUGCACGCGGUCCGUGUCUAUCCCUGCACCAGCUUAUUAUGCUCACCUGGUGGCGUUCAGAGCAAGAUACCACCUCGUGGACAAGGAACAUGACAGUGCCGAAGGAAGCCAUGUUUCAGGACAGAGCAACGGAAGAGAUCCUCAGGCGCUUGCGAAGGCUGUACAGAUUCACCAAGACACCUUACGCACCAUGUACUUUGCCUAAUUGUAAACAAAACAAAAAAAAUUCAGUGAGAGCGGAGCGUAUUCACAAAAGGAAGGACUGCAGAAUUAAGCCACAUACAGUGUAUGUUUCCAUAGCGGUCAGUUCGUGGGGAGCGGGGGGGGUUAUCUCUGCCACUGGUGAAGCUGGGGUGGGGUGGGGGUGGUCGGCCUUAUCCUUGCUUUGAUGCAAGGAAGAUUGUUUACUUCACCGAGAACACGGCACUUAUUAUGCAAUAUGAAACCAGCCAACUGCUUUCGAAGCAGCCUCCUAUGGGUAGCGCUGCCCUCAUUGUUAUUGUCUCUUCCUUUUUGUCUGUUGGUAUUUCUUCUGAUAGUCAAACCCUUUUUUAUGCCUUUACCUCAAGUUGCUCAGCAGCACAACUCUUUCUGCAAAAAAAAAGGAAAGAAAGAAAAGCAAAAGCAAAAAAAAAGCGCAAAAUUAUUAUUAUGGUAUUAAAGCUUACAGGAACAAUCAGAAGUGAUUGUUAAGUGGGGUGGGCACAGAUGUUCGGGAAGGAAAACGUGCAAAAACAUUUCUGUUUUAUUUUUCACCCCUGUGGGUUGCAGACGGCUUCUGCUCCGUGGUCGUCGGCACUUGACUGUGACCGCCUCAAGUGUCUAUUUGAGGGAACAGCCCCGGAGGAUACUGUGUGGGAGAGGACAUGGGUGGUUUGCUCACACAGACCACCCAUCCCAAUUUAGUCUAUCUAGCUGCUACCCUUUGUGUCUGUCUUCAUAUUUUGGAUUUGCUAGGUUCAAGUCUCUUUCUCUAACAAAACUAAAUCAUAUGCUUUUAUGCCAGCAGUUAGCGAUGCAACCCAAUGAAUUUAAUGCAGCUGCUGCUUUCUCCUUGUCUGGAAGGUCCAGCUAGUACCCAUCUUGCGUGCUGUGCGUAUAUCUUCUGAGCUUCUCGUGCUGCCAGUUUCCGCCAUUUCGCUGGGUGGCAUGUCACCACUCAAAUACUGAUACUAAGAGUUGAGAUUUCUCUCUUUUUUUUUUUAAAGACAGCACAGAGAUUAGUUGACUUUCUGCCUUUCACUUUAAAGUGAUAGCAUAUAUCUAUGUCUAUAUAUACAUGUACUUUGAGGUUUAGCUUUCUCUUUUAUAUUUAUUAGAGUAAUAAUGCUUUAAUUUAAAUCUGUGUACUGGCAACAUCAAUUUUUUUUUAAUGUUUAAAAGCAACUGUUUUGUUGAAACGAACUGACAACUUGUUUUUUUGCUAUCUUUUAGUGCAAUAAGCUGUUGCAAAGGAGAGAAACGGUUUGUUUCUGCUGUAUACGAGCAGCAGUGUUUUUGCACCGCCUCUGAGUGAGAGAAUGGAUACGUCCGUGCACUUAAGAGGACAAAAUUAGCCUUAAUUUUGAAAGGAAAGUCUUGGGGGUUGGGGUGGGGGAGUCUUUUUAAUCAAGAACCAAGAGCCCCUUCAUGCUGCUAGCAGUCCAGUCUGCAAGCUUUAAUACUGGCUUAUAACCUAAGGUAUUUGGCUCUGCCACUCCUUGCGGUUGGUGGCCAUAGGUUUUUUUUUCCCUCCGGCACAGAGGAUGUCUAGGUCUUUAAUUCUGUUCAGAUGAAACUGGGGCAAACGAGGAAAAGACCACAACGGUUAAAAAGCAAUUUUGGAUUGUCUAGACUUUCCUUUUGAAACUGAGCGCUUCAUGUCAUUUACCAAUAAAGCUCAGAGGGCUGGGAAUAUUCUUAAAGAAGAUCACUGAAAUGUGAAUCAGAUCAA